UUGACAUUGUACAUUUUCUACAUUGACAUUGUUCAGUCCUUUCAAUAUUCUUUCAAUGGCUUUGCUGCUUCGUGCAUCGUCGACCUUCGCCAAGCAGUCUGCGCACCAAGUUGUGCGACACAUGUCGAGUGCUGCUGGGGACGCCGCAGCGGUCGCCAAGCACGCCAAGGAAGCCAUGAGCACAUGGAAGAAACUCUCGCUCGCCGUCUGCCUGCCAGCAUGCGGCUACCUGUUCUAUUACAACUUUGUGGCCCACCCCAUGCACGAGGAGCAGCGCCAGUUUGUUGCCUACCCGCAUCUCCGCAUCCGAACAAAGCGGUUCCCGUGGACGGAGAGCGAUCUCACCCUCUUCCACAACCCCCACACCAACCCUGGCCCGGACAGCGGCGAGCACGAAGAAGAGCACGGUGCUUCCGCUCCCUUCCUAACGCGUCUUUUCGCCUCUGGCAUGGACACUGCCGAGCAAACCCGCGAAAAGCGCGAGGCGCACCUCCGGUACAUCCAAGCCAAGAGCCAGGCCUACAUUGCUCAACGCGAAAUCACAGCCAAGCACGAGCUACGCGUGCCUCUGACUCACCGCGCUGCCAACGAGUACGGCUUGCGAAUGGACGACUACCAGAGCAAGCAGUAGAAGAUUAUUUUUUUUUUUCUGUUUCCACUCGUGGUGGUUUUUGUGUAUUGUCCUUUUUUUGUUUUGUUGAUGUGUGUGUGCUUGUGUGUGUGUGUGGUACUGCUGUCCGUGACUGGCUCAAGUACAUGUUUAUCGAGUAC